AUGUUUGGAACAAAACCAGUUAUAACGAUUCACUCUGGCCUGCCAGUCACCUUGCGAUCUGGCCAUCCAGCAACGAUUCUCCAGCUCCCCUGUCUACUGCUGCUAGCUGGAUUGCCGAUUCAACCGACUGCAAAUACUGCUACAUUUACUGCAGGAAGAAUCUCAUUGAGAGAUGUAUUCAUAUACGUGCGAUGUAUAUAUAAACCAGCAACAACAGUAUUCAAUGGAAGGAUAUGUAAUAUUAAUAGGGAACAUGAUGCCCAGGGCCGUGUUCAGAGGGCUGGAGAGGGGCAACAACCCCCAUUUCAAGUUUAG